GUGUCUCCUUAUUUCCAUAUAUUCAUCGGCAUGGACACUCUAAUCGCGGAUGUUUCUGGGAUAGAAUUUUAUAUAGAAACACAGUUAGAGAAGCAAAUAGGUCUGGUUGCUUUGCCAUUUCAAAACAUGAACAAAUCUGGCGCUGGUGUCUGCAAUUAUUUUUUAAGCCAAACAUGUACAUUAAAAAACCUAUGCCCCCUUAGGCACAUUAAAGGUGAUAGAACUGUAGUGUGCAAGCAUUGGCUGCGCGGUUUGUGCAAAAAAGGCGAUGAUUGUGAAUUCCUGCAUGAGUACGAUAUGUCAAAGAUGCCCGAAUGUUAUUUUUUCUCAAAGUUUGGUGAGUGUAUGAACAAAGAAUGCCCUUUUUUGCAUAUCGAUCCGGCUUCAAAGAUUCAAGAUUGUGCUUGGUAUGAUAGAGGUUUCUGUAGAAAUGGUAUAGCUUUCUUUAUCUAUUUGUACUUAGGUCCUAAUUGCAGAAACCGGCAUGUUAGACGUGUUGCUUGCAAGAAUUAUAUCAAUGGGUUUUGCCCUUCAGGGAAAGAAUGUAAAUUUGCCCACCCUAAAUGGUUACCCUUGCCUGGUACUGGUGAUACUGAAGGCUCGAAAAAUCGAUGGACCUGUCAUUAUUGUACAACUGAUUGGAAUCCACACGAAAGAAGAGUUCUCGUAAUUUACCCUAAGGGUGUAUUUGCCAUCAUAAUAAGUGAAUUUAUAGUCAGGAAUAAAAAUUAG